AUGGCGAACAUUGGUCCUCUUGCUGCCCAUGCAGCCGCAUACCUCGAGGUCAUCCUACCUCAGAAGUUCUACAACAGUAUCCCACAGGAUGCUCCCGCUCUGUUUUCAACAAAUAACGGAGCCAGAGCAAAGCGUCAGCUUGACAGCCCUCCUCCAGCUCCCAUGGUCCGCUCUGACUUUGAUGGUGAGGUCCAGCGAAUGGCUGCGCUUCUACGAGACCGCUUGCCCCAUAUCACUGGUCAGAUCACAAAUCCUACAUCAUGGGUUGAUCUCUACUAUUUCUUUGAUGCAGUCGAUCUCUGGGUUGAGGGUGCCUCAUUUCUCUACUACGUGCUCAGUCACAUCAGCAGGGACAACCAAAUUGCACUUCAGACUGCCAUUAACAGAGAGAAAGAGGCUAUCAUCUUCCAGUAUGCCGGCGAAUGGGUCGCAAACAAUGUUGAUCGCAUUGCUCAUUUGCCAAACCAAAUCGACUUUGUCGAUCUCUUCAGCCAAGCAAACAAGGACGACAUAUUCGGUUUCAGAGUUGAUGAAUUAGUGAUGAUGAAGGAAGCUCUACGUUUCCAUCAUGCCCAAUUGGGAGGAAAGCAGGACAAAGCUGCUGCUGCUGAUCUUCAACAUCUCAGCCCUCCGCAAAAUCCAAUUCAUGAUCAAUCUCAGCAGGUCCAGCAAGGGCUUGCUCCAGUUAUGCAACAUGGUCAGCCAGUGGCCACUCAACCUCAGCAGGUCCAGCAAGGACUUACUCCACUUAUGCAACAUGGUCAACCAGUGAUCACUCAACCUUUCUCCGGCAUUGACCGUGGAGACCAAAAUCAUCCCAAGAUUAUGCGGGUUCACCCCGUUCAUCCACAACUCCAGACAUACUCUCAUUUCAUGGAAAGCCAGCGAAUGAUAUCUGCUGCUAUCCCAAACCCUCCUACUGGGCCCAGCCAUUUCCCCAGAGAGCACAACAACCAGCAGCGGGAGCCAGGAUAUCGAGGAUACUCACCGAACGACACAGGUCGCAGUGUCCGUGCCCAGCCAAAGGGAAAUUUUCCUUACGGCCCCCCUAAUCGAUCGAAUCCCAAUGAUCGACGAUUCGUUCCUAGCCCUCCUCGUGGCAGCCCACCAGGUCUAGGUUCUCAAGCAAACCAACCCAUCUACGUGCAUAACUCUCAGUGUUUGACGCCUCCGCACCAAGCAGAUGCGCCAAAUCCGGCACACGUGUUGUCAGACCCACUUCCUGCUCGCAAGGGGUUCUCUAAUGAUGCCAGAGUCUGGAAUAAUUCAUAUCAGAAAUCAGCUUUUGAUCAGCAAUCUCAGUAUUUCGGCAAAUCAUUUGAGAAGUCAGCUCCUGCUCCACAACCCCAGGUCUACAAUUAUCACUCUCAUUCUGUACCUUUCCAAGGUCAUCCUGAUGCAAAAGUCACCGAUAAAUCAUCUACCUUCUACUAUAUGAAGGGGCUUAGGAACCAGCGACCAGAUUUCUAUAGCAACCGUUCACUGUAUGUCAAUGGGGCUGAUGUCGAUACCUUCACCUCGCAUGCCCUGAAGAAUAUGAUGUCAGAGGUUGGUGAAGUCGAGUACAUCAGUUAUUUGUACGCUACUUCUAUGGGUACUGGACCAGCAUUCGUCAGUUUUAAGGAAGAGCAUUCUUUGCAGGCUGCAAUCAAACGUUUUGAUGGUAUCAUCCUUCCGUCCGGGCGUAGAUUGGAUGUGCAAUUCCCUGCGAGAUACCAGCCCUCCAGAGACAGAUCUGGGAGUCAAUCGAGCCAGCCUUAUUACUCCAACCAAUACCACCAGUCUUCAGGCCGUUUCAAUAAUAAUCGAGCCUUCCGAAAGAAUUCGGCCCCUCAGCGUCAAUAUACCCGCUCCGAUCAAGCCGGCGGUUCUGCUAAGUCUCAUGUUAAUUCUCCAGAGACUCAUGGAAAUCAAAAUGCACCCCGUAGCCCGCUCACAUAUAGUUUCCAGGCUCAACUUAUGGCGCUCCCUACAUUCAAAAUGCCGCUUCCCGCUGAGCCGCUACGUUCCAGCAUCUCGGAAGUCAUACAGCAUCAAUCUGCCAUCAAUCGUCUCGGUCAGAUGCCGUUGGGCCCUAUUGACGGGUACCCAAAUUUUAAGAAAUUCAAUGAGCCUCAUUCUGAAAAGUCACAAUGGAAUAAGGAGAACUCACCUGUAAAGAAGACAUCAACAACUCCAAAGAAGGGGCAUUUCAAUGCUCAUUCGGCUGAGAAUAACCAAAAGGGAAAUCGAAAGAAGAAAGGCCCAAAGCAGAAUGCUCAUUUCAGUUCAACCCGCCCGACUCCGGCAACAACGCCGGUCAAAACACCUUUCCAAGUGAACUUGACCGAAACAGUAACGGUGGAUAUUCACCAAGAACGAGUUCCAUCCCCUCCAGCAGAUUUGGUGGCAAAAUUGAGCGACACGUUGAAAGCCGCCAAAGAAGUCUCAGUGGUCGAUUCAAAGCCGCAGGCUCAAAGCCAUGGAACCAGCACUGACGAGUCGAAGCCCCAACUCGAACAAGCAUCUGAUCCUCCCAAAUCUGAGACAGUUAAUCAAGCUGAUAUCUCAACUUUGGCCAUUGAAAGUCGCGAGGUGAGCCCUGGAUUUGAGAGGUCCAAGUCUCGGAAGCUGAAGAAGAAUCAAAAAAAGAGCAUUCCCAAACUCGACACCACCGACAGUGGUAUGAACGCCGCUGGAUCAGCUGCUGGCGCUAUUACACCCACCUCAACAGAUACAAGUGACUACAAGAGCGCCAAUACAUCAUUCAGCCAUCAGUCCAGUCGCAAUACCAGUUUCACCUCUACGAAGUCGGAUAAUAGCUUGUCCGCCAUGGAUAAACUCAUACAAGAAAAGGAUGACACAAGCACAAGCCUCUUCAAGCAAAAUCGUGUUGUCACACCGACUGAUACCGCAAGACACUCGAAAUCUUGUAGCAGCAGUAGCUCUUCUAGCAUUGAGACCCCAAAGCCACGCAAAUCUCAGAAGCAGCGUCGAUUGAGCUAUUCCAAGGAUCAGAGCUUGACUCUUGAGCUUAUCAACAAUUCUCAUACCAAGACCAAAUUGAAGUCUACAAAGCUGGACGGCGAGAAAUUGGGUGCUGGAAACCUAAAAUCCGGCACUGACACGAUAGAUUCCGAGACUCAUAAGAAGGUUGAGGCACUGAUGUCUUCCCUCGAAGACCCCGAGCAAUGGCCAGCUCUCGGAUCUGCCAAGGCAUCUUUGUCGAAUAUUGCUGAUGGCAAACCACCUGCUAUCCCCACCCUUCAACCUAUGAACGAACGCAUUGCUGCAGUGGUUCAGAAGAAUUCGAAUGUCAUUAUUCCGGCUGUACCUCUCAACAUGAUUCCGCGCCGUCGCAACUCGACUAUUGAACCUGACUCCGAGGCUUGGCCCCGAGUGAGAAAAUGCAUUGGAAAAUAG